GCCGGAUACUAUCUUGGUCUGGAUCGUCUUUGGUUUGUCUAACCAUUGAAGAUGGCGGCGCUUGUGGGGUUGCGAGCAUGUUUCUCCGCCCUUCAGCUCUCUUCACCAAGCCUCCUGCACAGCUCCUUCAGAUUGUGUGCUGUGCCUCUGAGUCGGCGAACCUUUGCUGCAGAGGCUAAGAAGACAUACAACCGAGACAAGCCCCAUGUGAAUAUUGGAACAAUUGGCCAUGUUGAUCACGGCAAGACCACCCUGACUGCAGCCAUCACAAAAGUGCUUGCCGACGCUGGUGGUGCUCGUUACAAGAAGUAUGAAGACAUUGACAAUGCCCCUGAGGAGAAGGCCAGAGGAAUCACCAUUAAUGCCUCUCAUGUAGAAUACACCACAGCCAACAGACAUUACGCUCACACAGACUGCCCUGGUCAUGCUGACUAUGUCAAGAAUAUGAUUACAGGCACAGCUCAGAUGGACGGCUGCAUCCUGGUGGUGGCAGCCACCGAUGGCCAGAUGCCUCAGACACGCGAGCACCUCCUGUUGGCCAGGCAGAUUGGUGUCGAGCACGUGGUGGUUUUCAUUAACAAGGCCGACGCUGUGGAGGACAAGGAGAUGCUGGAGCUGGUGGAGAUUGAAAUCCGCGAGCUGCUCACAGAAUUCGGCUAUGAUGGCGAGAACACACCUGUUGUAAUAGGAUCUGCCCUCUGCGCCCUGGAGAACAAAGAGCCUGAGCUGGGUGUGAAUGCAGUGAUGAAACUGCUAGAAAUUGUGGAUUCUUACGUUCCUCUGCCAAAGAGAGAGCUGGAGAAACCCUUUCUCCUGCCCAUUGAAGGGGUUUAUUCUAUCCCAGGCAGGGGCACGGUGGUGUCAGGCACCAUGGAGAGGGGUAUCAUCAAGAAAGGAGACGACUGUGAGUUUAUAGGUCACAAUCGCAGCUUCAAGUCUGUGGUUACAGGUAUUGAGAUGUUCCACAAGUCUCUGGAUCGGGCAGAGGCAGGAGAUAAUUUGGGUGCUCUGGUCCGAGGCCUGAAGAGGGAGGAUGUGCGCAGAGGGAUGGUGAUGAGCAAACCAGGAUCCAUCAUGCCUCACCAGAAAGUCAAAGCCCAGGUGUACAUUCUGAGUAAAGAGGAGGGAGGCAGACAUAAACCGUUUGUCACCAACUUCAUGCCCGUUAUGUUCUCUCUCACCUGGGAUAUGACCUGCAAAGUCACUCUGCCUGCUGAAAAGGAAAUGGUGAUGCCGGGAGAGGACACUUCCUUGACUCUGACGCUCCGUCAGCCGAUGGUUCUGGAGAAAGGCCAGAGGUUCACUCUGAGAGACGGAAACAGAACCAUCGGCACCGGCCUGGUCACAGAUAUCUUGACUUAUACAGAUGAUGAUAGUUGCAACUGGGGCUGAAGGGAAACUCUGUAGAGAGAGCUAGGGGCUGGGGGGGGAAAGGUUUGGGGUCGGGCUGGGCAGGUGGGUGUCUGUCUCUGGUCAAAUCAGUUAAUUAAUUCAAGAAAUGUACAAAAACAUAAACCCAUGCACAGGAACAGGAGUGGUGUCAAAAGCAUGCAUGGUUCUGUUCCACCCAACCAAAAUACCUGUUUAGCACUGUCUUUGUCUUUAAAGACCAGACUGUCAAAAUUGUCAUUUACGUAAUAAAAUGUAAUUAUUAAUAAAAA